AGCAGCACUGCCCCUCUCUGUGUAGUGUGUGUCUGAGCUCUGCAUUCCCUCCAGCGCAGCACUCUGCAGCAUUGUCAGGCACUCGCUGAACUUCCAACUCCCCUCCUGCCUGGGAUACAGGGGGCACCAUGAAGAUGCUGAGGGGAGACCUCCCGCUGACCCUGCUGCACCUCUUCCUUCUAUUAGGAGGUGGCAUAGGACAGCAGGGCCAGGGUCAGAUCCCCAUUAAGGAUGGUAACCAGCCUGGCACUGGAGGUGGCACUGAGAUCUUCUUCCCCCCAUCAGACAGAAAAUCUUCCUAUCAAGAUUGUCCUGUGGAUAUUUUCUUCGUGCUGGACACAUCAGAGAGUGUUGCUCUCCGUGUGAAACCAUUCAAGACUCUUGUGACCCAAGUCAAAGAGUUUACCAAAAAGUUCAUAGAUAAGCUCACUGCAAGGUAUUACCGGUGUGACCGCAACCUUGUAUGGAAUGCAGGAGCUCUGCACUAUAGUGAUGAAAUCAUCUUAAUUAGCUCUCUGCUCAACCUAGAAAAAGACCGUGAUACCUUGAAGAGUAGAGUUGAUACAGUUGAGUACAUAGGCAAAGGUACUCACACUGACUGUGCCAUCAAAAGAGGCAUUGAAGAGAUCUUGAUUGGAGGAUCCCACCAAAGGGAGAACAAAUAUCUAGUUGUGGUGACCGAUGGUCAUCCUUUGGAAGGAUACAAAGAGCCAUGUGGUGGUCUGGAAGAUGCUGCAAAUGAAGCCAGACACCUAGGAAUUAAAGUUUUCUCUGUUGCCAUCUCACCAAACCACCUGGAACCACGUCUCAGUGUUAUAGCCUCUGAUCCAAACUACAGGAGGAACUUCACAGCCACCAGUGCUGCUGGCUUGUCUGAAGUGGAACUAGAAAACACAAUUGAUUCCAUAAUUGACACUAUUAAAGCUAACGGUGAACACGGGUGCUGCUCCUAUGAGUGUCAGCCUCCCCGAGGAAGUUCAGGUCCUCCUGGUCCCCUUGGUUAUGAGGGAGAAACUGGCAAAACUGGACUUCCAGGAGAUCGUGGACCUCCAGGAGACCCUGGCCGUACUGGUGACAUUGGACCUGUAGGCUAUCAGGGUAUGAAGGGUGACCAAGGAACCAGAGGAGAAAAGGGUGCAAGAGGAGCAAAGGGGGCAAAGGGUGACAAAGGCAAAAGAGGAACUGAUGGGAUUGAUGGACAAAAGGGAGAGGAUGGACAGCAUGGAUUCGCUGGUUGCAAAGGAUCACCUGGUUUUGAGGGAGAAUCUGGACCUGCUGGGCCGAAAGGAGAUCCUGGCUCAUAUGGACUAAAAGGAAAUAAGGGUGAAUCUGGACGUCCUGGCACUGCAGGGAAACCUGGUAAUGCUGGUGUCAUAGGAGACAAGGGAGAUCCAGGAGCAGGUGGCCAACCGGGUGAGAAAGGUGAAUCUGGAGAUGAGGGGGAUGCCGGACCUGAUGGGCCACCAGGUGAACGGGGCGGUCAAGGAGAGCGUGGUCCUCCAGGGCUAUCUGGUGCACGGGGACCCAGAGGAGAUAAGGGAGAUCCCGGCCAAACAGGAGACCAAGGUCGAGAUGGACCUGUUGGUUCAUCUGGUGAUCCAGGUGAACCAGGGCCUGGAGGAGCAAAAGGAUACAGAGGGGAUGAAGGACCAAGCGGUCCCGAGGGGCCUAAAGGACCAAGAGGAGCUAAAGGAUUACCCGGAGAGGCAGGAGUGGCAGGCGAUAGGGGUGAAGAUGGCCUCCCAGGAAAUGGAACAGAUGGUUUUCCAGGCUUUCAGGGAUACCCUGGGGCUCGAGGAGAUCGUGGCGUAAACGGAACAAAAGGGUAUCCAGGACCUAAGGGAGAUGAGGGGGAUGCUGGAGACCCUGGUGCGGAUAAUCUUGUACCUGGGGUGGUAGGGCCCAAGGGAGCAAAAGGAUACAGAGGCCAAGAAGGACCACUGGGACCUCCUGGACCUCCAGGACCACCAGGCCCAGAUGAGUGUGAAAUUCUGGACAUCAUCAUGAAAAUGUGUUCUUGCUGUGAAUGCACCUGUGGUCCCAUUGAUGUCCUCUUCGUUGUUGACAGUUCUGAGAGUAUUGGAAGUUCUAAUUUCCAGAUAGCCAAGGAGUUUAUCAUAAAGGUCAUCGAUCGACUGAGCAGAGAUGAACACGUCAAGUUUAACACUGGGGAAUCUCGAGUCGGAGUGGUACAGUACAGUCACGGAAAUACUCAAGAAUCUGUAGCCAUGGGAGACCCCAACAUCAGCACCAUUGGCCAACUGAAGGAGGCAAUUAAGAACUUGGUCUGGAUAGCAGGAGGCACAUGGACUGGGGAGGCACUUGCGUUUACCAAAGAUAAUCUACUGAAACGUUUUGCAUCUGAUAAGAGAGUGGCUCUUGUGUUGACAGAUGGUCACUCUGAUAUCCUGAGAGACAGAACACCACUCAAUACCCUGUGUGAUGUUACUCCGGUGGUUUCUCUUGGAGUAGGAGACAUCUUCCAGUCUCCUCCCAACCCUGACCAAUUGGGUGAUAUUUCUUGCGGUGGAACAACAUAUUCAAAGGGACUAUCUUUACAAAGGACAAGCUAUACAGAGCUGCUGGAAGAUGGUUUCCUACAGAAUGUCACUGCUCAUAUCUGCAAAGAAAAGAAAUGCCCAGAUUACACCUGUGCCAUUAAAUUUGAAGUUCCUUCCGACAUCACUCUUCUUGUGGAUAGUUCUACCAGUGUUGGAAGCAGAAACUUCGAGAUGAGCAAAGGCUUUGUAAGGCGCCUCGCAAAACGCUUCCUAGAAGCGGAAAGUCCAGCAUUCGACUCUGUGCGUCUUUCGGUGGUGCAGUACAGUGGUCAAAAUGAACAACGGGUUGAGGUACAGUUCCUUUCCAACUACACAGAGGUUGUGGAUGCAAUCGAUAAGAUGAAGUUCAUCAACGGUGGUACAGAUGUUGGAGCAGCGCUACGUGCGGCAACAGAUCUUUUCCGUGAGGAUGCAGCACCUGGAUCAAGCAAGAAGCUACUGUUGUUCUCAGAUGGCAACACCCAAGCAGAGGACACUCUUCUAAAGGCUGUGCAAGAUGCUCGAGCUGCAGGCAUUGAGAUCUCAGUAUUGUCAGUAGGAAGUCGCCCACAUGAAGAUAAUCUACGAGUGCUGCUAACUGGUGCUUCUGCAGAUUCUAGAGCUCCCUUCAGUGAAAGAAGCCUGUUCAGAAUCCCCGAUUAUUCCUCUCUACUUAAAGGUGUCUUCUUCAAGACCGUGAGCCGCAGGGUAUCUCUGAAACGCCAGUAAAUUUACAGCCCAACUCUUCCUGACACAAUAGGCCUGAAUUGCCAUUCGGCCAUAUGCGCUGUGAUCCAAGAUAAUAACGAAUAGGUACAACUUUACAUUCUGGAUUGUAAUCCUAUCACAGACUCUCAUACCUUUUCUCAAAAAUGUAAAUCAUCACAGUUGUGCCACUUUCAAAUUGCUCUUAAUAUUUUAGAUUUAUCUUGCACCAGAGAUAUGGAAUGAAACAGCCAAACAUUUUGAUACCCCAGAGAAAUCUCAGGUGCCAUCAAGUUAGAAUUAUAAAACAUCAAUGAUACUUCAAACUCAUUUCCAUUACAAUAUUUUAAAAGGUAUGAGAGGUGUGCCGCAAGUGUUAUGUGCAAUAUGUCUGCACGAGUAUGUGUGCAGUACAUUGAAUUCUUCACAUAACCAUAAUAUGGCAGCAUUUUAGCGUUCAUACUACAGUCUUAACAUUUGGAACCCCUACAGUUUUUAACAACUUUAGAUGACUAUAGGUAGGGUUCUAUGGAGAGCCAUGUUUGAAUUAGUAGAAUUAGGGGUGUUUCGGAGGCUCGAGGCCGUUGUAAGAAAGUUAAAAUGCAGCUAUGUUAUAGAAGCCAUAAACACAGUUAAGCAGUAUGUUGAGGCCCAUCAUGAAAAAAUAAAAGAUUGCCAUUAAAUUAGCUGUAUAGCAAAUGAAGACAUCGGAAGCACUGUAAAUUUGAAUACUACUUUAAAUAGAUAGGACCACUAUACUGUAUCACAAAGAGUGCCUUAAAACAAAAUGCAAAGAAGCAACGCUGUAGAAAGGUAUCCGUCACCUAUGCACAUGACCAUUUUGUAAGCUAAUUAGACUAUGGGAUUGUACAGUAUGUCAUGUGACUUAUCCCUACUCAGUUCCUACUGAUCCUAAAUGCUGCAUUCUUAAAGUGUACCUAAACUUAUAAAGUUUUUGAAAACCUACCGUAUAUGCCCUAAAAAGAUUUUUCUAAAACACUUUUUCUUUUCUUAUUUUUUCCAUGCGAUAUAGGCACCUGGAGUUCAGGUGCCUAUAGCGCUUGCAAUCAGACCCCUGCGGCCUCAAAGAGCACUGUAUAAACAAGAGCUUUGUAGUACAUCACUGCUCCUUUCUGUACCAGGGCAACUUUUCUAAAGCCUGCCAUAGAUGUGCUAUGCCAGUCUUUAGCAGAGUGGGCACAGGCAGAAGAGUGAUGCGCUGAGAUCCUGCACUGUGCCUGCUUGUUCCGCUCUUCUAAAGCCUUGCAUGGUACAGGGUCUAGCAGAGCGAGGGAGCACAGCGCAGGAGUUCAGUAUAGCACAUUGCUCCUCUUCCUGUGCCCGCUCUCCUAAAGCCAGGCUUUAAGACAGCAUCGCUGGUACAGACAGGUGCAGCAAUGUACUGUGAAGCUGUUGCCUAUACAGCGCUCUUUGUGGCCACAGGGGUCUGAUUGCUAAGCGGUAUUGGAACCUGAACUCCAGACAGUGGAGCUCCUCCCUGUACAAUGAUGUUGCAGGGGGAUACAUAUGCCCUGGGAGUACAGAUUGCAAAACAAAUUAAAAUAUCAAUAAUGUAUAAUAGAAAAAAUCAUUUUAGGGCAUUCACAGAAGGUUUUAAUAAACUUUGGGGGUCAUUUAUGAAAAAAACGCCUCUUUUCUCGAGUGCCUCAUUCCCCAUUUUCUAUGCCUGUUUUUGGCGUAGAAAAUGAAUUAUAUCUACGCCAAAAAUGAACGGCCAUGGGGUCAUGCGCCUAGGCCGGUGUCUCUACAUAACUUAGGUGUACCAAGCUGCAGCAGACAGGGACUAAGACCAGUGUCUAAAUCCCCGGUCUUAGUAAAUGUCCCCCUUUAUGUAUAAGUUUAGGUAGAGUCUAAGACCAUCUCUGUGUAUAGAAGACCAUAGAAGACGAAGAAAGAGCAUGCAGGUGAUAAGAUUGAUAGAUAAGGUAGUGGGAGGCCGUAGGGAUGCACAGCAGUAAUAACAUUUGAUACAAGUUUGUGGAAGUUGAAGCAAUUUAUUUGACAUUAAAAAAUAAUACAAAGAACAAAUAAAACAUAGAACAAAAAAACAUAGCUUUUUAUUGCCUAGAUUCGGUAUAAUACCAAAGAAGAUUACCGUACGUCAUGUAUUGGUUUAAUUUCAUGUGGUACAUCCCUAUAAUCCCCGCAACUCUCUGAAAUGUAAUUUUCUUCCUAACGUUAUGGCGGUCUGUUCAAAAAUUCUGCCAUUACUCCAAAAAAUUACCCAGCAUAACUUGACACUUCUAGCCCCAAACCGAAAUCUGUGAUGCCACCCUAUGAAAUAUAUAUGAAAAUAUCAGAUUGACAUUGAAGAAAAUAGUGCAAAUGUGGGUAUAAUUUUGCUCCAAUAAACCCGGAUAUUGUUUUAAUGUCUCCUUCAUUUUACUUUCGCAAAACACAAGCAGAUCAAAACAGGUGUCACGGGGACCAUGAUGUCUUAUCCUUGAACUAACAGAGAAUUACAGAAACCCAUUUGUUCUCAGUGCAAUCUUAAAUGUAAACCUGGGUUUGAGACAAUCACCCUGACAGUAAAGGGUUAAACAAUUUUCUUCGUAUUGGUGCUAUAUUCAGGGAAAUGAAGAACAUGGUAUUUUAUGACCAUUAUUCCAUGGGUUGUGACACUUGCUGUGGGGUUAAUGAAAUGCACUAUGUUGUUCCAAGACCCUUGUAUGGUUCAGUCUCUGCUCAUUUUGGUCUCCAAAUAAAGGGUUUUACAACC